UCAAUUUGUAUCAAUGGGUUCAUUUAUAGGUAACUAAAAAACUCCCUAAGGAGACACCCCAUAACCUAAUCAUUAAAAAAGUCCUUCCCAUUAAAAAAAUCCUUCUUCUAAUAUUGAUUUAACUCAAUAUUUGGAAGCAAUUAAUGGAUGGGAAACAAAAAGAGCUAUAAUUGAGAAAAAUGGUUCAGGUAUAACUUAGAAUAAUGGGUAUGACAUUGAUAAUAACUUAUUAGUGAAGGAAAUGAUGAUUAGAAACAAUAAUAGUAAUUAUAAUAAUAGUAAUAAUUAUAAUAAUAGUAAUAACAACAAUAACAAUAAUAACAAUAAUAACAAUAAUAACAAUAAUAGCAAUAAUAACAAUAAUAACAAUAACAACAAUAACAACAAUAACAACAAUAAGAAUAAGAAAUAAAAAACUAAUAAAUAAAAGAUUAAGAAAAAAUAGACUAAGAAAUAAAAGAUUAAGAAAAAAUAGACUAAGAAAUAAAAGAUUAAGAAAAAAUAGACUAAGAAAUAAAAGAUUAACAAAUAAAAGAAUAUUAAAUAAAAGAACAAUAAAAAAACGAAGAAGAAAGAUGCUUUAAAACAAUGAUGCAAGGAACAGCACCAGUUUUUAACUUUUUCUAGCCAUAAAAUAUUUUAGAUAAAUUGCCUUAAUAAUUUAAAGAAAUUUAUAAUAAGUACGAAAAGUAUCAACCUCCUGAUUAAAAAAUUCAAUUUGACCCAGAAUUGCCAUUAUAUCCCUUAGAUGAGGAAUGCUUUUAUUAAGGAAAAAUGGUUGAUCAUAAGAAAUAAGGAUUUGGCUACUUUUUAACGUAAAAUGAAUUUUAUGAAGGUUAUUUCUAGGAUGACGAAAGGAAAGGUUGGGGUAGAGUUAUAAAUUGUUAAGGAUAUUUGGUAACAUAUAAAAACUAUAUUUUCUAGAGUGGGUAGUGGGACAAUGGAACCUUAUAAAAGGAAAUGGAUAUAAAAUAAAAGAAUUAUUCAUACAAAGGAUAAUGUAAAAAUUCAGCUCCUCAUGGAUAUGGGAAAUUAGAGAAACCAGAAUUUAUUUAUGAAGGUAAUUUUGAGGAAGGGAAAAAGUAGGGAAAAGGUACGUAAGAACUAAAAUUUACGAAUGAAAAAUAUGAAGGUGAAUUUUUUGAGGAUAAAUAUCAUGGAAAAGGAACUUAUUAUUAUUAAAAUGGAAAACGCUAUACCGGAAAUUUUAAAAAUAAUAAACCGGAUGGUAAAGGAGAGAUGUUUUGGCCAUCACCAGAAGAGAGAUAUUAUAAAGGUAGAAAUCCAUUCUCAAAAUUUUAGGUGAUUUCGUCAAUGCUUAGAGAGAAGGAAAAGGAUAUUUUAGAAAUACUGAUAAUUCAGAAUAUGAAGGAGACUGGAAAAAUGAUAAAUAGAAUGGUUUUGGAAAGUAUACUUAAGGAAAUUUGGAAAUAUUUGGAAAAUGGAAAGAUGGGACUUUUAUAGAGGAUGAAUAGCAAUAAUGA